AUGGGUGAGAAAAUACUCAAGACAGAACAGGCGAUCAUCAAUAGGUUUCAAGAGCUCAGGCAGGAGUUGAGCGUGCUUUCUGGACGUGCAAAUGAGCUGGCAUCCGAAUCCCAUGAGCACGAUCUUGUGCUGAAGGCUCUGGAGCCUAUGGAUGGGGACAGAAAGUGCUAUCGUGUGGUAGGGGAAAUUCUGGUCGAGCGGACAGUUGCAGAGGUCAAGCCAGCAGUGAAAGGCAACAAAGAACAGCUUGAUGCGGUUGUCGAGCGCUUGCUCAAGCAGCUGGAGGUAAAGAAGAAGGACCUCUCAGAUUUUCAAGAGAGGUACAAGAUCAGGAUAAAGGGGGAGGAUGAGUUGCCGAUGCAGCAGAAGGAGAAGAGCACAAGUCAAGGAAUCCUUGCCUGA